CAACCAUGUCACCCAGCCAUCUCAAAUCACUUCAGUAUCCCUUGAUUAAAAUGGCGGCAAUUCCUUCCAAGUCCCCUUUCCCACCCACCAUCCUCUUCCUCUUCUUCGUCGUCGUCAUCGCCGCCGCAAAAUCGGACCGAUCAUCAUCGUCCAUCCUGCGGCCCGCGACCGGAUUCGGUAAGGAGAAACUGACCCACAUACAUUUCUACUGGCAUGACAUCCUAAGUGGUCCUAAUCCCACUACUGUCCAAGUAGCCCGUGGCCCAUCGGCUAACAAAUCGAUGACUGGGUUCAGUACAGUUUUUGUGAUCGACGAUCCAUUAACGGUGGGCCUUGAUCCCAAAUCGAAGCUACUGGGCAGAGCUCAAGGGCUGUACGCCGGUGUAUCGCAGCAGGAGAUCGGAUUGAUGAUGGCCAUGAACUUUGCAUUCAUGGAUGGGAAGUACAACGGGAGUACAAUUACGGUGCUCGGGAGGAACACCGUACUAUCGAAGGUGAGGGAGAUGCCAGUGGUGGGAGGAAGUGGUCUGUUUAGGUUCGCCAGGGGCUACGCCCAGGCUCAGACUCGAAAGCUCAACUUUAAAACUGGAGAUGCUAUCGUCGAAUAUAAUGUUUUUGUCAUGCAUUAUUGAGGCCGAAGUGGAUAGGUGAGUGGCUCGGAUCUCACAUGUGCGAUAUGAAUUGCCUCUUCGGAAUGGAGCUAUGUAUGUUUUUUUGCAGUCACCAAAGCUAUGAUUCUAAUGUAUUUGGCAAUAAAUUCCCAAGUUAACAUGACAUAAGUUAGUUAUUUUUUA